CUAUUCAACAGGACGCAUUCGGUCGUGGUGCUGCCUUUUUAAUUCAGGGAGUUUUUUUUCUCCGCAUUUCUGUGUAAACUGGACAUGCCUCCUUCACGGACCAUGUUGUUGGUGGGAGAGGGGAACUUCUCGUUUUCUGCGAGCAUGAGCCAGAUCUCCCCCGACACGGAGAGCAGCAUCACGGCCACUUGUCUGCAGCAGCAGGACGAGGCACUGCGGCACGAAGGCGCAGCCAGCAACGUCCAGAUCAUCAAGGACACGGGUGGAACUGUGCUUUUCGGGGUGGACUGCACCAAGCUGGGGGAGUGUGCCUCCCUGCAGGGCCGCGUGUUUGACCGUGUGGUCUUCAACUUUCCCCACCGCGGAAGAAAGAGUGGGGUGAAAAAGAACAGAGAACUUCUCAAAAACUUCUUCCUCAGCUGUGUUCAGGUGUUGGCUGAAGACGGAGAGGUUCAUGUUUCCUUGUGCAAUGGACAGGGCGGCACACCGGCGGACCAGCCGAGGCGCGAGUGGCACAACAGCUGGCAGGUAGCUGCCAUGGCAGCAGAGGCACACCUAAUCCUUAGUGACAUCCACCCUUUUGAAAGUGAAAAGUACCAGAGCUACAAGUGCACUGGAUACAGGAGCCAGGAUAAGGGCUUUCAUGUGGCGAAAGCUUUGCUCCAUGUGUUUACUCGCAGCCCCCCCUACGUCUCUGCUCAGACUCUUAAGGUGGAGGAGGCAGUUGAAGGGGAGAAAAUCCAGUACAACAUACCAGCAGAGCUCAGUGAUUAUAUAUUCAGGGGAUUUCUCUGCUCAGGUUCUGUCCACCCUGUCAGAUUGGCACAAGAUUUUCUUCUCAAAGGACUUGCGGAGAAGUGGUCAGUCGCCAUGACGACAGAGUCCAUUCCCUUCCUCAUCAAGGCAAAACGGCUGCAGACGUGCUGCCGAGAUAUAGAUAGUUCACACUGCUACUGGAUCCACCCGCUUCAGAAAGACCUCGACUCUGACAUUCGUACCCCUGCAGACAAAGAGAAAGAUCAGUUGACACUUUCGGACACUCAGGGACGCACAGACACACCCGACACUUUGGUCGCGCGUGUCUGCGCAUGCUCUCUUGAUGAGGAUGCUGAAGGAGAAAGUAGUGUUUAUAUACUGCGUCCAUCACUGCUGCCUCAGAUGGAAGAGCUUUUAACUCAGAAAGAAAAGUUGAUUAACAAUGCAGGGAGUCAAAGGGAAGCAGGGUGGAAUAGCAAAAGUGUUGAAGUAAAUAAGGAGGAGGAGCCCUGUGGCAUUCGUAAUGGUGUAACUAGCUUGUUAUUUGGCAUUAGUGGCCUGGUGUUCAGGAGCGUGCCUGUCAACAUCUGGGCCCUGCCUGUUUUUCACGAGCUUCUCCUUAGAGGUGUUUUCCCUUCGGAUUGCGAGCCAAUUAAAUUGCUUGGACAAAGGCUGAAAAAGCUGCUCGCACCGCAUGGGGUCUCCCUGAUUACAGCACAGGGAGGUCUGCGUCUGAUCGCACAGCCGAUGGGUUUGGUUGGUCGGGUGUUUUCAAGCAAAGCAAGUGACGACAUAAGCAACGUCAGCAUUACUUUUUCCCUAAAUUUGGACCUUCUUGCCGUGCUCCUGUUCUCCCUGCCUGACUGGCGGCUGCUGUGGUCACAUGACCCACGCUUAUUAAAACAGUUUGGACCACGGCCAUCACCUGGGACUUCCUUCCACCCAUUUUCCCUGUUCCCUGAGCAUUUCAGCUUCGACAUCAGCUUCUGGACAGGGCCAACAUGGGAGGAGAAGAAGUUCCGCGCCGUGGUCCGAGAGGCCAGUCAUGGAACGGUGGAGCAAGUUAAACUCGUUGACACGUUCUCGCAUCCUGACCUGAGCCAGACCAGUUACUGCUACAGACUGAUCUACCACUCACACACACAUGCUCUGUCACACACACAAGCCCUCCAGUUUCACAAGCACCUGGAGUCUUUACUUUCCUCUCGGUUGCAAGUCACAAUCAGGUAGCUAUACAUAUCAUCAGGAGAUUUGUCUUUCUAAUUUCUUUUCAGAGAUACUGCUGGUCCAAGUCUGUCUGUGACAAAUUAAGCAAAUUACAAGCAUCGGCUAAACGACAGUUGAACGGUGUUUACAAUAGCUGAGACAUUAUGGUUUACGGUAUGUGUUUAAAAACAUGAUUGGAAUUGUCUUUUAAUUAUCCCACAAUAAACUGUUGUUUAACAUUAAA